UCCUAACUCUCUAUCGGACACAGAGAUUUCUAAAUGACUACAUUUCUACAUACCUGGCCCGGCGGGCCAGGAGAAAGUUCACCACAGAAGGUCUUAAAGUGGCCUUGAUUUUCGUCCGCCUGUGCGACAUGGCUAGGCAUUGUCAGCUCGAACAUCCUACAAGUCAGGACACUAAGUUGGCCAUGCAGAUCCUCGAUGAGGAGCAAGACCUUCUUUCGAUUACCACACCGCGGAUUUUGUUUGACCUCUGCCGUGUUGAGGAGCUCGCGGCAAGAUUUGUUCGAUUUGUCUUGCGGAUCCAACGACGACUUGCCGAUAAAGCCGAAAGAUGGAUCCGAGUUGAGGAACCUGCGUGGCUCGCACCGAUGUUGAAACCCAAGUACCGGUACUUCGACAAACGUGUUUACGAAGAGAAAUUGAGGACCCUGAGCACUGCCGUUGGAAGCCAUCGACGGCCCCUCUCCCAAACCGAGGUCGCCAGGUUAGAAAGGGCAUUCGUUCGAGCAGAAUUGCUGUUCUUUCUACAUGCUGUUUUUUCCAAGGAUAUCACAGACAGAGCCUUUCACAAACUGCAUCGUUGGGAAGUCGAGGAGCUUCUCUGCGCACUCGAUUUCAUGGAAUGCCAAGGCCUGCGUCGGCUCACUCACGACACGCGCACCAAAGCACUCAGAUGGCUUUUCAGAUAUCAGAUCAGCCAGGCCUUCUAUCGACGCUUCUACGAUAAGCACUACGCUUCCAGGCAACAAAGACUACGGUUUACUGAUGUUCCAUUUAACCAUGACGGCCAUUCUAACCUUUCGCAAGUCCAAGGUCAAGAUCAUUCCGACGACAUCAAAUGGAAUGUGCCCAAGUGGACGGACCCUCUCGGACCCAAUGCCGCAUGGUCAGCCUACGCAAGCCAGUUCCCAAUCCAGGUUGAAGAUCGAGACAACACCCGGAUGACCCUGUCACAGCCAAGGUUCUUUCGCGCCCCAGGGAUCUACGAGGAUUUCGUUUGCAUCCAGAACUACCGAUGCCUGGCCUGGGUGAUGUGGGACGCGGAUACAACGACGGCACUCCAGCUUGGAUCAGCUGAGACCACGACCUCCCAGAUGACGCCUCCUGUCCUCCAACUGGUUAACUUGGCUAAAGACCUCGGCAAGGAUUCGUAUGAACGUUUCUUGGAGUCCACAGGAAAGAUCAAGUAUAGCCCGCUGCAGCUGUAUGAUCUCGGCUUAGAUAGUCAGGUUCUCGACCCUGGGCAAAUUCCAGAGAUUCCAGUGGUCCAAAAGGCUAUCAGGGAUGAGGACGUCAGAAAGGCAGUAGCUGAGUUUUGA